AUGCCGUACUGGAACCUCAACGUCAGAGUGCUGCAGGGAAAAUUCAGUCGGACGUAUGACCUUUUGUCUAAAUGUGACUGCUACGUUGUCUUAAAGUUACCCACGGCCUGUGCCUGCUGCCAUCGCACCAAAACUGUGAAAAACAGUGAUGCACCAAAAUGGAAUGAAACCUUUCGUUUCAGAGUGCACAGCGGUGUCAAGAACAUUCUGGAAUUCCACAUAUUUGAUGCUGACAAGUUAACGAAAGAUGACUACUGCUCCACCAUCCUAUUCGACAUCAGUAACCUCACACCUGGACAAAAGCAAACAAAAUGCUUCAUUACAGAUGAUAAGAGUGAGCUGUGGGUGGAGUUUGAGAUGACCGUGAGCUCUGAGAAGCCUGAACCGUACUUCUCUAAUGGAGUGCUGAUGGUCCCAUUGGUGGCUGUGGUGUGUUCUGGCGGUGGGACCAGAGCGAUGUGUGGCACAUUUGGAGGCCUAAGAGCUCUGCAGAAACUCCAGCUUCUUGAUACAGUCAGCUACAUCACAGGGGUUUCUGGCUCCACCUGGACUAUGGCUUCUCUUUAUGGUGAUGCUAACUGGUCAAACAAUGACCUAAAUGGGGUUAUGGAGUCUGUAAAGAAGGAGAUCUCUAAAAGUGUGUUCAGUAUAUUUUCCCCUGAGCAGCUACGGCACUACAAAGAGAAGAUGGAAGAGAGAGAGGAAGAAGGACUACUUGUGUCUCUUAUUGACAUGUGGGGUCUGGCUAUAGAAUACCUCAUCCAAGGGAAGAAACAAAUGGGAACACUAUCUGACCAGCAGAUGGCACUAUCAAAGGGCCAGAACCCUCUUCCCAUCUACACAGCUCUCAACAUGAAAAAUAGUAAGACAGGAUGUACCAUAGAGACUGAAUGGUGUGAGUUCACCCCAUAUGAGGUGGGAUUUACCAAGUAUGGUGUCUUCAUACCUGCACAGAACUUUGGGAGUGAAUAUUACCUCGGCCACAUGGUCAAGAAACUCCCAGAAUCUGGAAUUUACUCUCUAUUGGGAAUAUGGAGCAGUGUUUUCUCCCUGAGUCUGACUCAGCUUUGGAGUGUUGUCACUGGAGUGAUCCCAUCCUGGGCCAGCAAGAUUGGGGAAGAAGUGAACCAGACAGACACAGAUGACAAAUCAUCAACGUCAGACACACUUCAGGUCAGCCCUAAGACUGACUUGGCAAAAAAGCUGAGCAUCUUUCUGACCUGCCGCCCCAUUAUCAGCCAAGUGUUCAACUUCCUUAGAGGCUUCCACCUGCACAGGAACUACAGUGAGAACUGUGACUUCACCACAUGGAAAGACACUCAUCCAGAUGCCUUCCCAAACUCCCUGACACCAGCAGACGCCACACUUGGCCUGGUUGACUCUGCUUUUGUCAUCAAGUCAGGAUUCCCUCCUGUGUUACGCUGUAACAGACGCGCGGACGUCAUUCUGUCCCUGAACUACGCUUGGGACCCGGACCACUUCAAGGUUAUUAAGCAAACUCAGGAGUACUGCGCUGAACGCAAGAUUCCGUUUCCAAAGAUCGAUUAUAAGAAGUUGGAGUCCGAGCCGAUUAGGGAAGUUUAUGUGUUUGAGGAUAAAGAGAAUCCAGAUGUUCCCAUAGUGAUCCACUUUCCCUUGGUCAAUGUCUCAUUCAAGCAGUUCAAGUCUCCUGGAGUAAAGAGAGAGGGUAAGGCAGAGAUGAAGGAUGGAGAUUUUGAUAUUGACUUCACCAGUUUGUUAAGUCCAUUCUCCACUCUCAACCUUACAUACCAACCUGAGGAUUUCCAGAAGCUGACCAACCUCACCACCUACAACAUUCUGAACAACACAGAUGUCAUUUUAAACACGCUGAACAAAGCAUUGAAGAGAAACAUGGAGAGAAUUCCUCUCACAAAGGCAUCAAAAUUCUGAUUUGAUGUUGACACCGGAAGUUAAGGCUGACAGCAGGAGCGAUUGGACAGUGAUUUUUGUCUAUAU